AUGAGAAACAUUGAACCAUUUUAUCGAGAAGUAAUAAAUAGGCAACAAAGUAGUGUAAAUAGCUCCCAAUUACUUCAAAGAGAAAUUGAAAACCUAAAACAACAACUCCAAGAACACCAAAAUUGUGCAGCCGAGAAGCAACAGUUCCAAAACCAAAUCAAUAGUCUAAAUAAUACCAAUAGCCAACAAAAUCAACAAAUUAAUACAUUAAAUAGUGAAAAAACUACCCUCACUAACCAAGUUUCUCAACUCCAACAAGAAAAGCAAUCCCUCAGUACCCAACUAGAGCAAGCUAAAAAAGAUAAAACUACUGCCGAACAAGAAAGAGAUAAAUUAAAAGCCGAGCAUGCUAAUUGCCAAAAAGAAAAAGAGCAAUUAGCCCAACAAAUCAAAGAUAAAGACCAAGAGCUAACCAAACUUAAUCAACAACUCCAAGAUCACCAAACUUGCCAAACUGAGAUAGCAAAACUCAACCAACAAAUCACUCAACUCCAGCAAGAAAAACAAGACUUGCAACAACAAUUUGAUGAAAUCAUAGCAGAACUUACCGACACAACUGGUAUACACUUCAGUAAUACUAAUUAUUCCUCAACGCCGUUAACCAUUAAAAAAAUAGAAAAGAAAAAGACAGCAGAAGGACGAGAUGGUUAUUUAGUAGAAGUUGAAGAAACAAUUACCUAUCGAAGAAGAACUAGCCAAGAAACAUUUACUAGCCAAGAAAUUCGCACCUUUAAACACACUUAUGAAGAUGGAAACAAUAUAGUCAACGGUAUAAGUAAAGAUAAAGACGGUGCAAGUUAUGAUGCAUUUUAUUACUUUGCUCAUUAUCUUGGUAAAAAAGUUGACAAAGGCAUUCCUUUUAGAAAAUAUUGGUUUAGCAAUAACCUUAAUGACCGAAUCUUUUGUUUAAGUGAUGUUAGUGAUUUUAGCAAUCAAGAAAACAAAGAUAUCAAUGACAUUAUUAAAAAAGAAAAAGAAAACGAAAAAGAAAAAGAAUCGAUUAAAAACGCAUCAACAAUAGCAGAGGUUGAAAAAAUCCAAAAAGAAAUCUCUAGCAGCAGAGAAGGGCAAAAUAAUCUCGAAAAAGAUCGCCAAGAUGCUCUUGAUAAGGAUCCCAACACCAACACAAAGUGGAAUCCCGACUUAACUGAGGAUGAAAAAGAGGUAAUCAAAGAUCCUAGUCUAGAUAGUUCGGGAGCGAUCCAAACCGCAACUAACUUAUUAUCCCACUUAAGGAGUAUUCGAAACGAUAAAGAGAAUGGCGAAAAAAAACUACUUGAAGAAAAUUCUACUCCCGAAGCAGUUGUCACAGCAGGAGAUAAAUUAAUUAAAAACAUCAAUGAUCGGAAAAAAAUAGAAGAAGACAAACAAAAAGAACAUGAAAAAGAAAUCCAAACCAAGAUUGAUGAAGCUCAAAGAUUUGCUAGAGAUGUUCAUUUGACAGAAGAAGAAUCAAAUGAUUUAUUAAAAGAAUUAAGAAAAGAUAAAAAAGAACUAGGAGAUAAAGCCCUAAGCAAAGUGGUUGAAAAUUUGGAAACCAGAAUACGUGGUGAAGAAGCAAUAAGGUUAGUUAAAGGAGUUUUGGACAAGGCGCCUAGACUACAAGCUUCCGAUUUGGGAAAUGAAUAUAGAGAUUAUGCAAAUAAAUUUCGCCAAAUGAAAACCAAAGAAGAAAUUAAUAAAAAAGAAAAUGAAGCUUUUGAAUUAGCAGCUUCUAUUCGACCAAUUCGUGCUCACUUCAACGAACUGCUUAAAUCAGCUGACGAAAUAUUAGACCCUAAUAACAAUAGUCGGGAAGUUCAAGAAAAAAGGCAGAAGGUUUUGAAUCUUAUAUUUGAUUUAGAAAAGUUUAGAGAUAUUCGUGAUCAAGCUUUGGCUCGCUUAAAUAAGUCAAAAGAAUUAUUGGAAAAUUUGAGAAUAACCGUUAAUGCAAGCGAGUUUGCUAAUUAUCAGCAAAGCAUUAGUCGUGCUAGUUCACAAGAACUUCAAUUGCAAAAGUACGAAAAUGAAUUUUCCAUUAAGCAAAUGGAGAGAGGGCAUCAGGUUAAAAGAUUUCGACGAAAAGAUCAAAAAAAAAUAGAAAACCAAUCAACACCUCCAGUAAAUUUAAAAGUGAUCGAACUUCUACAAGAAAAAGUUGAUGAGUUAGAAAAUCGAGUUAAAAAUCUUAAGCCGGGCGAUGAUAAGAUUCUCAUCAACGAAGAAUUUAAGGCAGAGCUGGAAAUGAAGAGCAAUCUGGUUUUGGAUAAAAUUAAGCCAGCUCCUUCGGGGGCAGUUCUUAAUGAAGCAUUCAAAACUAUAGGAGCAGAUUCAAAAGCAAAACCGGCCGAUAAGAAAGAUGUAUAUAAUGAUUUCAAAACCGAUGAUCCACAAGAAAAGAGAAUAUGUUUAGGAACCGGAACGGGAAAGUCGACUUUCUUCUUACGAUGCUUAGCCCAUAGAGGAAAAAGUACUGAAGAAUUAAAAGAAGAUAGUUCGCUUCCUCGAGGAGCAACUUUGGUAGUUCCAAAAUUAGAAGCUAGAGAACCUACUGAAGAAAACAAGAAAAAAAUUGAAGAUGCAAAAAGAGUUACAGUUUGUCUAAUUUGCACUAAAAAACACGUCGGAUAUGAAACGACUCACAAUUCUCCAAUAGUAUUUGAUGAAGCCCAUAGCCAGUCGCCUCCUGCUUAUCAGGCCUUACUGACGGGGUUGAUGGGUGACAGAAUCAAAGGAAUUGAAAAAUAUCACAAAGAAAUAAGACCAUUUAAAAUAGUGGAAAUGUCAGCUACUUUCACAGACUUGCCAACUUCUAAAAAACUAGCGGGAAUGAUGACAGAUUAUUACUUAACCGAUUUUACCAAAAUUAACACACAAAAACAUCCUUCUAUAUUUAAAAGAAAAGUAAUAGCGUUUUGUGACGCGCCUAACGAUAAAAUAAAACUUGAUUUGUUAAAAAAAAACACUAAAGUUCUUGUAUUAAGUGAGGCUUUGAAACCCUAUGCAACUGAUAUUGUCAGGAGUUUGGAACCUCCAUUGUUUGUUGUUGCUUCAAAUGAUUUCUCAGUUGGCUUUUCUUUUGGGGACGUAGAUGUAUUGUCGACAGGUGAAGUAAUGAUAACUCUGGUUGUUGAAGAGACAGUUGGAGGGGAGAAAAAAUUAGUAGAGAAACGAGUACCAGUCCCUUGUAAUAUUGCCGACUUAUUACAACAACGAGGUCGAGGAGCCCGUGAUUCUACCAUGGUAGCUGUCGAGGAUAAAGAAAAUGUACCAAUUGAUCCGAGCGAAGGACAUCGAUAUCUUAAUUUGAUACUAAUUAAGGAUUUAAAAAGUAAAAUGAAUUCAAAAUUAUGGACGGUUGCUCAAGAAGAAAAAGAUAAGACAUAG